GGCGCGGCUGACGGCAACGCCGCGCGCCUCUUGGAGAGGUCACUCCGGAGACGGCGUUGGUUUUGGGGUGUGGGGUCGGUGGCACUAUGUGGCGCGUGUGUGCGCGACGGGCCCAGAGUGCAGCCCCAAGGGCAGGAUUCGGGGCACGGUGGACGGCUUUGCGGGAGGAGCCAGGAGCUCCGUGCGCGGCCCUUCGGGCUGGCUCUGUUCCGGCUCGUUGCAGCAGCACGACUAGAGGGUAUGGCAGGAGCCGGGCACUCUGCGGCUGGAGCGCCAGCUCGUGGGCCACACCUCAGAAUCGUAUCCUGCUGCAGCUUUGGGGGUCUUCUAACCGCCGCUGGUAUAGCCUCCCCCCGCAUCAGAAGGUUCCAUUGCCUUCUCUUUCCCCCACAAUGCAGGCAGGGACCAUAGCCCGUUGGGAAAAAAAGGAAGGGGACAAAAUCAAUGAGGGUGAACUAAUUGCAGAGGUUGAAACUGAUAAAGCUACUGUUGGAUUUGAGAGCCUGGAGGAGUGUUACAUGGCAAAGAUACUUGUUGCUGAGGGUACCAGAGAUGUUCCAGUUGGAGCAAUCAUUUGUAUAACUGUUGAAAAGCCUGAAGACAUUGAGGCCUUUAAAAAUUAUACAUUGGAUUCUUCGGCGGCACCUGCCCCACAAGCAGCCCCAGCCCCACCUCCUGCAGCUGCUGCUCCAGCACCCACACCUUCUGCUCAGGCUCCUGGUAGCUCAUAUCCCACUCACAUGCAGGUGGUUCUUCCUGCCCUCUCUCCCACCAUGACCAUGGGCACAGUUCAGAGAUGGGAAAAAAAAGUGGGUGAGAAGCUAAGUGAAGGAGACUUAUUGGCAGAGAUAGAGACUGACAAGGCCACUAUAGGUUUUGAGGUACAGGAAGAAGGUUACCUGGCAAAAAUCCUGAUCCCUGAAGGCACAAGAGAUGUCCCGCUAGGAACCCCACUUUGUAUCAUUGUAGAAAAAGAGGCAGAUAUACCAGCAUUUGCUGACUAUCGGCCAACUGAAGUAACUGAUUUAAAACCACCAGCACCACCACCUACCCCGUCCCCGGUGACCCCUGUUCCUCCAGCUCCCCAACCUGUAGCCCCUACACCUGCAGCCACCCGCCCAGCUACUCCUGCUGGACCAAAGGGAAGGUUGUUUGUUAGCCCUCUUGCAAAGAAAUUGGCAUCAGAGAAAGGCAUUGACCUUACACAAAUAAAAGGGACAGGACCAGAUGGCAGAAUCAUCAAGAAGGACAUUGACUCCUUUGUGCCUACUAAAGCUGCUCCUACUCCAGCAGCUGCUGUUCCUCCCCCGAGCCCAGGAGUGGCACCAGUUCCCACAGGGGUCUUCACAGAUAUCCCAAUCAGCAACAUUCGUCGAGUUAUUGCACAGCGGUUAAUGCAAUCUAAGCAAACCAUACCUCAUUAUUACCUUUCUGUUGAUGUAAAUAUGGGAGAAGUUUUGUUGGUACGGAAAGAACUUAAUAAGAUGUUAGAAGGGAGAAGCAAAAUUUCUGUCAAUGAUUUCAUUAUAAAAGCUUCAGCCUUGGCAUGUUUAAAAGUUCCUGAAGCAAAUUCUUCUUGGCUGGACACAGUUAUAAGACAAAAUCAUGUUGUUGAUAUCAGUGUCGCAGUCAGCACUCCUGCAGGACUCAUCACACCUAUUGUAUUUAAUGCACAUAUAAAAGGACUGGAAACCAUUGCUAAUGAUGUUGUUUCUUUAGCAACCAAAGCACGAGAGGGUAAACUACAGCCACAUGAGUUCCAGGGUGGCACUUUUACAAUCUCGAAUUUAGGAAUGUUUGGAAUUAAGAACUUCUCUGCUAUUAUUAACCCUCCUCAAGCAUGUAUUUUGGCAGUUGGUGCUUCAGAGGAUAGACUGUUUCCAGCGGAUAAUGAAAAAGGAUUUGACGUAGCUAGCAUGAUGUCUGUUACACUCAGCUGUGAUCAUCGGGUUGUGGAUGGAGCAGUUGGAGCCCAGUGGCUUGCUGAGUUUAGAAAGUACCUUGAAAAACCAAUCACCAUGUUGUUAUAAUUAACCCAAGAAUUUCUAGACACUCCCAGGUCACACUGGUUCAUUCUUAUGAAGAUAUAAAUAUGUUAUUAAACACAUGGUUGUUUUUAUUUUAAAAUUAACGAGUUAUCGUUGAGUCUGUCCAGAUAAGUUAUUUGUGAUGGGCAUUACUGAAUUUUUUAAAAUGCCAAUUAUAUCCAAAUAUUGUGCACAUUUAAUAAAUGUAAGAUUUUAA